AUGCCUCCAAAGGAUAAGCUGUCCGACGCCACGUACCCACGGAAGGCUGAAGCGGAGGAAGGCAUUGCUGAGACCAUUCAGGGCCUAUUGGCAUCUGGGGUUCUCGAGCCCUCCACUUCAGCCUGGAAUACGCCCAUCCUGCCGGUAGAAAAACCCGGUACAGGUACAUACCGCAUGGCUCAUGAUUUACGAUCCAUAAACAAUGUCCUGCUGACCCCUACCAUUCCUGUCCCCAAUCCAUAUACGGCUCUGAAUGCCCUGGACCCCCGACAGAAGUGGUUCACCUGUAUAUAUUUAGCUAACGCUUUUUUCUGCCUUCCCUUGGCCGACCACCUACGUGAUGUUUUCUCUUUUACAUUUCGUGGCCGUCAGUCCCGGUACACACGUGUGCCGCAAAGGUUUGCUAACUCGCCCGGCCUUUUCAGUCAGGUUCUCAAAGACAUCCUGUCUGACUGCCCCUUUCCCCCGGAUUGCACUUUGGUACAGUACGUUGACGACCUGUUGCUUGCAGCGCCUAGCCCCAGCUCUUGCGCAUUGGCCACCGACCAGGUUCUCCGCCAUUUGUCUACCACUGGGUUUAAAGUCAGCAAAACCAAACUUCAGGCUAUUAGGACGCAAGUCUCUUUUCUUGGCAGGGUCAUUUCUCAAAAAGGGGCGGCGAUAUCGGCGGCCCACAGAACUAACAUCCUCUGCCACCCCAAACCGUUGAAAGUCAAGGACAUGCUAUCUUUCUUGGGUUUAACUGGGUACAGCAGACAUUACAUCCCCAAUUAUGUUGGGCUAAUGACACAUCUCCACCACAUGGUCAGAACAUGUGGCAUGCGCAAUCUCAAUGCGCACCUCCCUUGGUCCAUGGAAGCCGAGCACUGCUUCACUGAGUUGAAGCAAUUGCUCGCCCAAAGUGCCGAACUGGCUAUUCCAGAUCACACCCGGCCAUUCUUUUUAGAUGUUUCUGAAACAGAAGGUGUGGUAAAUGGCAUUCUGUUCCAGAAAAAAGGGGGGGAACGGAAGGUGUUGACAUACGCUAGCAUUAUGCUAGACGCAAUGGAAAAACGACACCCCCCAUGUACACAACACGCAGCAGGAAUAGCAAAAAUGUUGCUAAAAACAGCACACAUAGUCAUGGGACACCCCCUUACAGUAUUAACAACACACAGCGUGGUGGCAUAUGUGAAUUCACAAAGAUUUACCAUGACCCCCACUGCGGCAGCAACAAAUAACCAAGGCGCUAGAAGCCCCGAAUGUCACGUUUAUACUGAAGGGAUCAACAUGGCAGACAGAAUGGGAACAGGAGAACCACACGAGUGUGUGCGUAGAAUAGAGCAGGAAGAGAAGGUUAGGCCUGAUCUAGAGGCCCAGGCUAUACCAGGGACAGAAACAUUGUAUACAGACGGGUGCUGCUAUAGAAAUGAAGAGACAGGCUUCCACGCAGGAUACGCAGUGGUGAGACAAACAGAGGAGGGAUUUGAGACAGUAAUAGCCAAAAGAAUGGAGGGCCAGUUGUCAGCCCAGCGGGCAGAGAUCAAGGCACUUAUAGCAGCCCUGGAAUGGAGCAGGGGAAAGGAGGUAACCAUUUAUUCAGAUUCUGCCUAUGCUGUGGGGGCAGUGCAUAUUGAAAUUCCUCAAUGGAAAAGAGUAGGGUUUCUUAUGGCAGGGGGGAAACCGAUCAGACACGAACAAGAGAUGAAAGAACUACUGGAGGCAAUACAGUUGCCCCAAAAGGUGGCCAUAGUAAAAUGUAAGGGUCACGAUCCCACCAACACCCCGGUGGCGAAGGGAAAUCAGGAGGCGGACCAGGUAGCCAAACAAGUGACAGGGUACAGGGUAUCCUAUCAACUAAUAGUGUAUGAAGAUGAGGUGUUGAGGGCCAAAUGGGAUCAUGAAACGAUGAAAUACUUUCAGGGGGAAGCAGGCAUCCACGAGAAAGCAGAGAUUGUCUUAGACUACACCGAUAUGGGUGAAUCCAGAAAAGUGAAGGGAUAUCAAUAUCUAUUGAUAUGUGUAGACCAGUUGACUGGAUGGCCCGAGGCAUGGCCGGCAAAAAAGGAAGACAGUGCGAUGGUCAUCAAAUGCCUAAUUAACUAUUACAUCCCAAGACAUGGGUUUCCAGCUAAAAUAAGGACAGAUAACGGCACCCACUUUAAAAAUUCAGACCUGCAGAAAGUGGAAGCCAUGUUAGGAUUGAAGCACGCCUUCGGAACCGUGUACCACCCACAGUCACAAGGUAAGGUAGAAAGGAUGAACCAAAACCUCAAACAAAAACUAGCUAGGAUCUGCGCGCAGACAAAAAUGAAUUGGGUGGAUGUCUUACCAUUGGCACUUAUGACAAUAAGGUCCUCCGUAAACCAAGGAACGGGAUUCACACCGUAUGAAUUAAUGACAGGCAGACAGUUUCCGGGGCCGGGAGCAGCCCCCCAAGAUGAGAUGGGGAACCGGGGAAUGAGUGCCGGAAAAUGCUUUAAGGAAUUACAAGCUCUUGUUUCAGAAUUUUCCCAACAGGUGGGCGAGAAGCAGGCACUGCCAACAGGGACGACCCUGCCAACGGCCAAGUGGGUCCUCCUGCGAGUCAUUAAGAGGAAGUGGUCAGAACCCAGGUGGACAGGACCAUACGAGGUAACGGAAAGGACCUCACACGCGGUGAGGCUGAAAGGGAAGGGGACCACCAGGUACCACUGGAGCCAGUGUGCGGCAGCCAAGGAACCAGGUAGAACCCUGCAAGACAUACAGGACAAUCUACAAGAAGCGUCCACCUCUUCGGGUGAACUCGAAGGUUCACUGACCCUUCCUGAAGCCGACACUGUUAGCAGAAGUCAGGGUGAAAGUGCUGGUAACCUCUCCCCUAGGUCAUAG